GGUUGCUGAGCGUGGGGGCGGCAGGAGCGCGGAGCGAUCACGGAACGAGCGGAGUUCGCAGCUGCCGGGUCUUUCCGGGCGGGGCUGUGGGGUCGCCCGGUCCCUCCCCCGAGAGCCUCGCCUCGGGCUCCUCAGCGGCGAUGCCUGGUGCCAGCUAUGAGCGCCGGUUAUUUCAUCACUUUCAAAUUAACGGAAGAAUUUCAUUUUUAAUUUCAUCACGGGAACUCUGGCGACUUGUAUUACCUCCGGUUUACAGGCGAAACAAUUGAACCGAGAGCUCAGGAAACCCGCCUAAAGUUUCCCAUGCAGUAAAAGAGCAGGGAUUUGAUAUUUUUCUUUUUUCUCUUUCCUUUCCUCCUCUUUCUCUCUUUUCUUUUGUUUUCUUUCCUGUUAAAGAAGUCUCCCUGUUGUGCCCAGGCUGGAAGAGCUCACUGCAGUCUCGAACUCCCAGGCCCCAGCGAGCCUCCGGCCUAGCCUUUUCACAGUAGCUGGGACCACAGGCGCGGCCACCACUCCCAGCUCGUUGUUUUCUUUUCCUUCUUUAUUUUACUUAUUUAUUUAUUUGGCCUGUUGCCCAGGCUGGAGUGCAGUGGCGCGAUCUCGGCUCACUACAACCUCCGCCUCCCUGGUUCAAGCGAUUCUCCUUCCUCAGCCUCCCUAGUAGCUGGGAUUAUAGGCAUGUGCCAUCACACCCGGGAACUUUUUGUAUUUUUAGUAGAGACAGGGUUUCACCAUAUUGGCCAGGCCGAUCUAAAACUCUGUUCUCAAGUGGUCCUCCCGCCUCGGCCUUCCAAAGUGCUGGGAUUACAGGCGUGGGCCACUGCACAUGGCCUGUUUCAUUUUUCUUUUUUGGUAGAGACAGGAAUCUCGAACUCCAGAGUGUAAGCGAUCGCCCUGCCUCAGCCUCCCAAUGUCCAGGGAUCACAGGCGUGAGUCUUCAGGCCGGCCAGAGGAAAGAUUUAAACCAAGUGAUGGCUCAGGAAGCAAUGGAAUAUGAUCUUCAGGAACAGUUAAAUUAUGCUGCAGAACAGCCAGCUCCUGCUGACAUGGCUAGCAGCCAAGGGGGACCAGCCCUCCUCCAGCUUGUUCCUGCUGAUGUGCUCAGCAGCCAAAGGGGACCACCUGUCCUCCAGCCAUCUCCUGCUGAAGUGGUCAGUAGCCAAGGGGAACCAGUCCUGCUCCAGCCUGCUCCUGCUGAAGUGACCAAUAGCCAAGCAAGACCACCCCUGCUCCAUCCUUCUGCUGAAUUAGCCAAUAGCCAAGCAAGACCACCCCAGCUCCAGCCUGCUCCACAACUGUCCAUUGACCUGACAGAAGAAGUCGAGGUCGUGGGAGAAGACAAUGUGGAGAACAUCAGUCCAGGGGCUUCAGAACAACGUAGUCAGGCAUCUGGUGCUAAUCACAACAUCCGAGCAUCUUCAUUGCAUUCAGUGACCAGCUUCAUCAGUGGGCUACAGAGACUUCAUGGCAUGCUGGAAUUCCUGAGACCUGCCCCUUCAAACCACAGUGCAGGGCCGAUAAGAACAAGAAGGAGGAUAUCUGCUUCACGGAGGACAAGAGCCGGAGGAUCUCAGAGGACAGACAGUGCCAGGUUGAGAGCGCCAUUGGAUGCUUACUUUCAGGUGAGCAGGACCCAGCCUGACUUGCCAGCUACCACUUACAAUUCAGAGACUAGGAAUCCUGUGAAUGAAGACUUGGAGUUGUCUAGUAGUUCUGAUUCUGACAGUGACAGCUCUACAGAGCAUGGAGAGGUUGUUGACCAGACAGAGGAAUCUGGAGCUGUCGUUUCAGAAGCAGCGCAACUAGCAGGUGUCUCAGCAGAACAAGAAGUUACAUCUAUCAAUGGAGGUGAAACCCUCCCCAAACAGCCGUCUUCCCAGAAGUUCCCUCUGCCACCUUCUGCUUCUGUGGAUGAAGAAGAAGGGGACACUUGCACAAUAUGUCUGGAACAGUGGACCAAUGCUGGGGACCACCGGCUCUCAGCAUUACGCUGUGGGCAUCUCUUUGGGUAUAGGUGCAUUUCCACGUGGCUCAAAGGACAAGUAAGAAAAUGUCCCCAGUGCAACAAGAAAGCCAAGCACAGCGACAUUGUUGUUCUUUAUGCCCGAACCCUACGAGCUUUGGACACCAGUGAACAGGAACAUAUGAAAAGUUCCCUACUGAAGGAGCAGAUGCUAAGGAAGCAGGCCGAGUUAGAAUCAGCACAGUGCCGGCUCCAACUCCAGGUCCUCACUGAUGAGUGCACUAGGCUUCAAAGCCGUGUUCAGGACUUGCAAAGACUUAUGUCACAUCAAAAUCAGAACUUAAAGCAACCCAGGGGCUCCCAAGCAUGUGUCUUGAGUGGCUUACCCUCCAGCCAGGGCCAGCACAAAUACCACUUCCAAAAGACCUUCACAGUAUCUCAGACAGGAAACUGCCGGACCAUGGCAUAUUGUGAUGCCCUGAGCUGCCUGGUGAUAUCACAGCCUUCUCCUCAGGCCUCUUUUCUUCCAGGCUUUGGUGUUAAGAUGUUGAGUACUGCCAACAUGAAAAGCAGUCAGUACAUUCCGAUGCAUGGCAAACAGAUCCGUGGACUAGCUUUUAACAGUUGCUCCAGAGGCUUACUACUAUCUGCUUCCCUAGACAACACUAUUAAACUGACCAGCCUGGAGACAAACACCGUGGUCCAGACUUACAAUGCUGGACGUCCUGUCUGGAGCUGUUGCUGGUGUCUUGAUGAGAAUAACUACAUGUAUGCUGGACUGGCCAAUGGUUCAAUUCUAGUAUAUGACAUGCGAAACACAAGCAGUCAUGUCCAGGAGUUAGUAGCUCAGAAAGCCAGAUGUCCACUGGUCUCCCUGUCAUACAUGUCCAGAGCUGCCUCAGCUGCAUUUCCAUAUGGUGGGGUGCUGGCUGGAAACUUGGAGGAUGCUUCCUUCUGGGAACGGAAAACGGACUUUACUCAUUGGCCUCAUGUGCUGCCCUUGGAGCCAGGGGGCUGCAUAGACUUUCAGACAGAAAACAGCUCCCGGCACUGUCUUGUGACCUACAGGCCUGAUAAAAAUCAUACCACAAUAAGAAGUGUGCUGAUGGAAAUGUCCUACAGACUGGAUGACACUGGAAAUCUGGUCUGCUCCUGCCAGCCUGUACAUACAUUUUUUGGAGGACCCACUUGCAAACUGUUGACCAAAAAUGCCAUUUUCCAAAGCCCAGAGAAUGAUGGCAACAUCCUGGUCUGUACUGGGGAUGAAGCAGCAAAUUCUGCCCUGCUGUGGGAUGCUGCCAGUGGCUCAUUGCUCCAGGAACUGCAGACUGCUCAGCCUGUCUUGGACAUCUGCCCAUUUGAGGUGAACCAUAAUAGCUACUUGGCCACCUUAACAGAGAAGGUAGUCCACAUCUAUAAGUGGGAGUGACCAUGGUCUUGAAACCUUUCAGGCAUGCUGCUGGUUAGGUUUAAAUGUUGUUUGCUAGCACCAAGCAGCCCCAAGCAAGAUCGCUGUUUACUGUCUGCAGCCUAGAACAUUGGAGAGCAUGUUUUGUUCCAUUAGUAUGAUUCUAGGUCUCUGUGUCGCUGAGACACAACAGAUUGUGUAUCUGUUAUGUCCACUAAAAGAGUAAUUGAUGGGUACUUUAUCUACAUUAUCCAUUUCUUGGGUUUAAAGCCUUCAUUAACCAUUAUUGUUUGCUGGAAAUUCUUAUUUUCUAUGUGAUUUUCUGGACCUUGGAGAGUGUCCUCUCAUCAGUCAUCUAGGAUGUGUGUGGGCAUUAAGUGUUUAAGUGUUUUCUGGGGGAUAUGACACCCCACCUGAGUUGUUUUGUCACUUAGGUAUCCAUGAUCUAAGGACUAACCUUCAUCUUGAUACUGAUGUAAGAGUAUUAUUCAGUUGAACACAAGAGGGCACUGUAGAACCUUAUGUCUGGUUUAUUUCUGACCUUGAAGGCUGACAGUCUUUUAGUAAGUUGUCUUAUCCCCACAGAAGUAUGUGAUAGAGCACAUCUGGGUGUGCUUUGUGGCAACAACACUUGGUGGUUUUUUUGUUUUUUUUUUUUUUGAGAUGGAGUCUCGCUCUGUUGCCCAGGCUGAAAUGCGGUAAUGUCAUCUUGGCUCACUGCAACCUGCAACCUCUGCCUCCCGGGUUCUAGUGAUUUUCCUGCCUCAUCCUCUGGAGUAGCUGGGACUACAGGCACGCAUCGCCAUGCCCAGCUAAUUUUUGUAUUUUUAAUAGAGAUGGGGUUUCACCCCGUUGGCCAGGAUGGUCUCGAUCUCUUGACCUCGUGAUCUGCCAGCCUUGACCUCCCAAAGUGCUGGGAUUACAGGUGUGAGCCACCGUGCCUGGCAGGAACAAUGCUUGUGUUCUAGGUAUGCAAUGCUGGAACAUUGGCAGGCCUAGUGAUGGAAGCAGCUGGUGAACUAUUCCCUUUGCUAAUGACUUGUGCAUUAAGUUCCUAAUUCUCCUAAAUUGCUUUGUGAGAAGUAAGGAAAGAGGCCAGUUGUUUGAGCAGUGGGGAAUACUUUGCUUUUUCUAGCCAGCCUAGGAUCUCAGGAUUGGUUUUAUCCAAGCUAGUGCUUUGAAGAACACUCUCUCUUGCCUGGAAAAGAUGAGAGGGGUAUGUCAAAGCUUUUACUUGAGUCUCUCCUAGUGUCAGAGAUUAGGAGCAAUAACAUAAAAAGUUUACAAAAUUUAUUCAGACCUCUGUUGAAAACAUGAGAAGUUCCUGGAUGUCAGAUAAGCAAAUAAAAAUAAAAAAAGAAAACAUGAGAAAAACUUGUCCCAUUUUGAAAGAGUUCCUAUCUAAAUAAAGCCAAUUCCUCAGUCUGAGGGCUGUUUGUAAGUGUUUUUUAUACUUUCCAGGCAAAGCCUUCCCUAUAUGAAGCUGAUGUUUGAUUCCAAUUUCCUCUGAUUUGCCUCCCUAACCUCUUCUUAAAAUGUUGUUAAUAAAAUGGCUAUUCUCAGGAAUAGUGUUUGGGAAGCCUAUGCGAAUGGCAGGGAGGUACCCACCAACAUUCAUUCCAUACCUGGGUUGACCAACUUUGGGACUGUCACUUCUCUCCAAUAGAGGGCUGAGUUACAUUUUAUUUUUUUGCUUUGCUCAGACUGCUUCACCAAACCACUGUCCUCAACAGAAUAUGCUUAAAGAUGUGGGCAGGUCAGUGUCCGUAGUCUUAUUUUCUCAAAUGAUUGGUGAAGAGAUGUUACUGUUUUUAUUAUAAAACACUUCAGACCUGUCAGUUCAAGAGCUAUUUUUUUCUCCCCCUGCCCCCAAGACCUCUUUCUAAGAUCUUUUUCUCCAGCAAGGGGUUAUUGCAGUAGAUUUCCCCAGAGUUCCAAGUUCUAGUUGUGCCUUUUAAUGACCCUGUAGUAUUUUAGGACAUCAUUUUUUCCUUUUUUAAAUUUUUUGUAGAAAUGGAUGUUUUACUAUUUUGCCCAGGCUGGUCUUGAACUCCUGGCCUCAAGCAAUCCUCCUCUCUUGGCUUCCUAAAGUGCUGAGAUUAUAGGCAUGGGCCAAUGUACCCCGCCCUUACUUGAAGACGUCUUUUGUAAAAGCUAGCUUCUAGAACUCAAGAAAAGCUCUUUUCUCAGAAGAGAUAUUCCUUUUAUUAUGUUGAUGAUUAAGAGUGGCUGCCCAGGCCUGGAGUUGCAGUGGCAGAAUAGGAUUGGAGUUAAAAAGCAGAACUCAUCUGGCUUCAGCAGAUUGCCACCAAGAAGAUAUAGGCGGUCAAACGCUGGCUGGCUUCGUCUUUGGGCCUGGGCAGGAUUAGGAUUUGCCUUGCUUUGAAGUACACUUAACUGAUGCUGAUUGAUUGCCCUAAGAAUAGGAAGCAAGGGACUUAACUAUGAGAGACCUUAGGUGAAUCCUAAGUCUUGCCAGUCCUUGCAGUUGUACAUUAAAUUUGGGUGCUUUGGAAGCAAAUUCAUGUGACUGUGACUAAUUUCGCCAAAGGAAAAAAACUUUGUCCAGCCUGGCCAACAUGGUGAAAUUAAAAUUUUGUAAUAAAAUACAAAAAUUUUAUUUUUUUUAUUUUUGGCAUGCACCUGUAGUCCCAGCUACUUGGGAGGCUGAGGCAGGGGAAUCGCUUAAAACUGGGAGGCGGAGUUUGCAGUAUACUGAGAUUGUGCCACUGCACUCCAGCCUGGGCAAUAGAGCGAGGCUGGCUCUAUCUCAGAAAACAAAACCUUGUCCCCAUUCCCAAUCCCCGUUGCAGGACAUCACAUAGAUGGUAAUAGGGACAAGGAGAAUGGAUGCAGGCUUUAGUCUUCUGGGUUCCACCAGGCUCUCUGCCCCCACCACAUUCCUUUGCCAGUGUAUCUAUGGUUUUUUCCCCCCCACUUGAUGAUUUGGAGUUAAGCUCAAAAUAUCUUGUCAUAUCCUUGCCCCUGCUUUGAAAACAGGGCAGUGAGAACUCUGUUUGUACACUAUGUUUUAAUGUUUCUGUUUUAUGUUUUAAUGUAAAUGUGAAAAUAAAGACUUUGCCAUGUAUAA